UUAUAUGGCAGGAAAAAGGUAGCUAUACAGACGACGGCUUUUUACAAAAUCUAUCUUAAAUAUUUGUGAUUAUUAGUGAGAAGCAAUAAGUAUUUUAAAUAGUAAUUUUUGUACGUCAUUAACAUAAAACAUUAAAAUUUAUAUUUCAACUCCAGUAAGGAACAUUAAUUGCAUAGUAAAACGACGUUUUCAUUUUACGCACAUAGGUACUUUUCGUGUGUUUACUAUAUUUUUCUACGAACAAAAAUCUAAGAAUUCAGUACCUCGCAAAACAAGUCAGCCAGAAAUCGUUCAAAAUCGAUUGGGAAAUGUUUACGCAAGAAUUGGAAAAUCGAAUCACUGGCGCACUUCAGUCACUUCAUGGCAUUUUCAAAUCAUGGACUAAUUGACAUUUGACAACCUGUCAAAAAGGUCAACAGGGACCAAGCAUCGAGCAUAGCUUCAGCAUUCAACUGUACUUUACAAGUUUAUGUUUCUUUACAUGAUUCAAAAUAAUCUCCCGCAUUUGACUUGGUGAAUUUAAGGACAAUGGAUAUAAAUAAUCCCCACAACCAAAGUUAUUGGUUUGUUCUCCGAGAAGACCAAAGCAAUGUUAUCUUCAGCAGCAAUAAUUUCACUAUCCAAAAUCCGCAGAUUACAGGUCCAGAAGCAAGAUAUAUUGUGGAUACUAGAGAAAGCAGGCCUUAUAAUAUACAAGUCAAUGAAACUCCAGUAGUAGUUCAAGAAACUGCAUCUGAAACAUGUGAUAAAGAAAUAAAUAAGAUAAAAAGUGAUGACAACUUUUGGAAUAGAAAUAAAAUAAAACUACUCCUAACACUCUGCUUAGAUAAUAGGUUUAGGAAUUUGACAAAAGAUAAAACUCUCUGGGAUGAAAUAGCUGUGCACUUGGGCACAACUUCUUAUGAAUGUAGUAAUAAGUAUCGAAACCUGAGGAGAACAUACAUAAGAUUACUUAAGAAGAAAAGGUUAGGCAAGGAAAUUAAAUGGGUUCAUUAUAAUAUCUGUGAAGAAGUAUUUAAAGAAUGCAAGUCUCUUCCACCUUCUGUAUUAGAGCCUUGGGAAGAGCACAAGGUUAGGAGAUUGCUCACCCUGUACAUAGAGAACCUGCCCAAGUUCCGUAGUCCAGAUUGUUUGCAAAAAGACAUCUGGAGGGAUAUUGCCACACAAUUAGAAACUACGGACUAUAACUGUUAUCACAAGUUUAAAAAUUUAAAGAGAGCAUAUUUCAAUAGGAAGGAAAGAAGUAGAGAAUCAGGCAAGCCUAUUAAGUGGCAAUAUUUUCACUACUUAGAAAGAAUAUUUUACAAUUACAACCCAAACAUAGGACAUUGGGACAAGGUCAAAACUAGGUUGUUGUUAGAUGGAUACAUGCAAAUUGCUGACAAGUUUAGGAACCCUCGGUAUCAGAAGAAGGAGUUGUGGAAAGAGAUAUCUUUAUCAGUUGGUGAAAGCCCCAAUGAUUGUAAUAAGAAAUUCCGUAAUUUGAAACAAACAUAUAUAAGAUUGAAGAUGAAAGCAGAUUCUGGGAGGUGCAUGAUUAAAUGGCGUUACUAUAAGGAUUUCGACGCUAUAUACAGUGCACAAACUGUGUACAAGAACUCUCAUGAUGGCUCACCAGAACAAACUUGCAAGACUCAAGAAGAAGACUAUGUCAAGCAACUUUUAACAUUUUAUGUGGAAAACAAGGAAAGAUUUCGAGACCCUCUGGUAAAAAAGAAAACUGUAUGGCGCGUACUUGCACCUAAAAUUGGUUUAUCUUCCGAAGAAUGCGAUAGAAAAUUUCGUAACUUAAAACAGACCUAUAUUAGACUUGCUGAGAAAAAGAGAGAAACUGGUAAAAAUAAUAAUUGGCCCUAUUAUUCAUAUUUUGAAAAAAUAUUUGAUGAAUCGCGAGGUUUGGCCAAUACAUGUAAUCAAAGUUUAGACAAUAUGACACUCACAGAAUUAAAAAGAGUAAUGCAUGAAGUCCAAGACAGAAAAGACAAAGACAAAUUUGAGACCCUAGUAAGAGCCGUAGAAGAAUCUAACAAUAUUCAAAAAGAGAGAAAUAGAAUAUUACAAGCAUUGCUCGAUAAAAAGUGAGUUACCUGUAUUGAAAGAAUAGUAUCAUCUGGAGUUAAUCAUGGAAAUUUCAAAAAAAAUGUAAUAAGGUACAAAAUUGAGGAAAAAUAAAAAAGGUGAGCAUGUUUAGAAAUGCUUUUUAUUGUUACCGUUCUUAUGCUUUUAAUAAUGUAUAUGUACAAACAAACUAUAAUAGAUUAUCAGUUUAUCAUUCUGAAAUGAGAAAUCGUUAGCAAAGUCAAUUACAUUUCGACCAAUGUCUUAAAAGUACACUGAUUAUGCUUAAUUAGGUCUUAUAACUUAAAAAUACAUCUGUGAAUUUAAGACUUACUUUAAUAUUAAAUUUGACAUCCAUAACACUAUACCACAGUAAGGAAUGGAAAUUUAGUUUAGAAAAAAUACAAAAAAAUAAAUGAAGAAAUCACACUCGAUCAUCGGUAACCACACAGGAUUGGAUCGAUAAGUUUGCAGAUAC